CUUAGAGGCAUCAAACGGAUGGAAGCAAGGAGGUCGUCGUAGCUGGGAAGCUUUCGUCUCUCCAUUUUUUGGGGUCUCCGGGUCCGUUCGUGAGUUCAUUCAUGGCACGUCAGGUUUGAUUCUCUCUGAGCUCUUCUGGAACUCCACUAAAAUCUAAAAAUCUUAAAACCCACUUCUUGGAACGUGGCCACGUGUAAGGAAACAUGUGGCGGAAACGAAACAAGUGCAUGCAUUGUCAUGAUGCAUAGAGACAAAAUCGAACACAGGAAGUGGCGGUGGCGGAGAUGAGGGCAUGCAGGAACCAGUUGCCCUUUCAGUACCAUAACUCGUCUUCCCCCAUUUAUAUCUAAGUUCAGCAAAUUCACACAAUAGAGAAAAAGACAGGGAGGGGACCAAGUGCAGAGGACUCGCCGACGGUGGCUUUUGGCUCACUUAAUCCUCCCACAUUGGAUGUUGGAUCUUCUCAAAGCCUGCAUCAUCGUCCGAGUUAGUCUUACUCCCGCGUUCUUUCAUUCUCUCUCUCUCUCUCUCUCUCUAGAGCGUGGACAAACACGAGGUCCCUCCACCGUGAUUUCAAGAAAGAAAUCAAGAAUUGCCCCUCUCUUUGCCUCGUUGAAGACUCGGAACCUUGAUCUCUAUUGGGGUGAUGAGGGGUUAUGUGACCCACUGCGAAUUGAUUAUACACUUGAAGUUGGCAGAACGAUAGGAGUCAUCCCCCACUUAAAAAAAAACCGGGGGCAUGGAUGCGGGGAAAUUUAAGUGAGAGAUAUGGAGAGCCUACGCACCUAGCAUUACAACACUUGAUGCUACAGAAAAAAGAUAACAAAAGAAAAAACACCAAGUGCCCAUAACAGUCGAAACAACAAGAUGUGCUGUCAGGUCUAGAGAGAGAGAGAGAUGCCAUUUCCCAAUCCAAAAACCUUUUGUUUCCACCAAUCGACUUCAUCAUGCAGAAACGGUUUUUAUGAACACGAACCCCCCUCUCUCUCUCUCUCUCUCACUUAUCUCUUCUGUUCCCAAGCCCAUACACUCACUUGUGUCUUUUGCACUCUUAUUAAAUUAUCUUCACUCAGAGACGCUUCCCGUUUUCCAAAACCCUUUCUCUCUCUCUCUCUCUCAACAAAAACUUUGAAGUCCCUCUGAAUUUCUUCUCCACUCUUCCAUCAGAUCACCUAUAAAAACACCCACAUUCAUUAUUCAGUUUCAGUCCCAUUCACUUCCACCAGUUCUGCUCCCCCACUUCUUUAUUCCCCUCUAUUCAUCCAAAUUCUCCUACUCCUAAAAACCCAAAAAAGAAUCCUCAUUUUCGUGCAACGUUUCAUCGACUUCUUCCCCCGUUACUUGGUUCCCUCCCCCACAAUCUGACAUCAAUUCUUUCUCCCUCUCCCUCUCUCUCUCUCUCUCUCUCACAAACAGAGACGAUAUGGAAGAUGAAGAGAAAGCGGUCCACUCCAUGGGAGAAGACGUAGGGGCCAGCAGGGUCUUUCCUUGCUUGUUCUGCUCAAGGAAAUUCUACAGCUCCCAGGCGCUGGGAGGCCACCAGAACGCGCACAAGAAGGAGAGAACGCAAGCCAGAAAGGCCAAGAGGGCGUCGGAAUUCAUGGCCAGGAACUUCUCCCCCGCCACCCCGCCCCUGAUCUUCUCUCCGAACCAUAACCACGUCGGCGGACUCGUGAGCCCUUCCAUUCGCGUCUCCGCGCACGCCCAUUAUCUGCCCGCCCACCACGCCGUGCCUUCGGACAUGUUCGGAACCAACAGCGCGCCUAGGUUCGACGCCGGCGGUCUCGUGUACGGCGGCGUUUGCUCUGGUAACGGCAGGUUCUGUCCCGAAGACAGUGACCCCAGUUUGCUCAGCUGGCAGAGGAGUGUGGUCGGGUGCAAUGGCAUCGACGGCGGCAAGCUUGCCCAUCACGAAGCGCAUCAAGAGGAGGCCUUUGAGAGUCGUGAAAAGGACAAAAGCAAAAAUCUCGAUCUGUCUCUCCACUUGUAGAUAUCUCUACAGGCGAUUUCUUGGGCAGUGGGGAGUGAAAUUUUGGCGGAUUCAAACUUUUUUCCUUUCGGGGUAUGCUUUAGUUUCUCGAGAGGUCUAGGAGUUCGGUUGGGUUUCCAUUUUGUUCUUAGAGAAGAAAUAAGUCGUUUGACCUCCUCCUCCAUGCUAACACAUCGAGGAGUUAUCA